AUGCUGAGGACCAGGGAACUCCAGCUCCUCGCGCUCCUGAUGCUGAUGCUGCUGCUGCGCGAGAGCAGCUCAGCUGUUCAGAACGACGCCACGGAGUCCGGCAGCCUUCAGCCGGACCUCCAGAGUCAGGACCAAACAGGCGAUGAAGACUCAAACCAGGCCCGGCACGGCGCGAGGCAGCCGGACGAGCCCGUGCGUAACGGUCCGAACCAGAGCCAGGUGGAGUGCCGGGAACUCAGAUCCACAAAGUACAUCUCUGAUGGUCAGUGCACCAGCAUCAGCCCAAUCAAAGAACUGGUGUGUGCCGGGGAGUGUCUGCCAGCUAAUCUGGGCUCCAACUGGAUCGGGAUUGGUGGUCUCACCAAGAGGUUCUGGAGCCGUCGUGAUGCCCCUGACUGGCGCUGCGUCAUAGACCGAUCCAGGACCCAGCGGAUCCAGCUGCAGUGCCACGAUGGCAGCUCCAGGAUAUACAAGAUCAAUGUGGUGACCUCCUGCAAGUGCAAGCGCUUCACGAGGCAGCAGAACGACUCUGGACACAAGGACACGUCUGCCCAGAGCGGGAAACUGAGGAAAACCCAGGAGAAGGUCCAACUGCCCGAGGGUUUCGAUGAAAGACUGUCUGACAACUAA